ACCAAAGUAGGAAGUGGCUGUUAAAGCUGAAAUAUGUGACACGAAUGACGAAGCUCCCAGGCAGUUGACAACCUUGAGGUCUCUUCUACCUUUGAGAAUUUGGGAGUUUGAAAAGUCCACCUUACUCGGCCCUCCAAUGUGCUGAAGGAGAGGAUAGUGGAUCGGGCCAAGCUGUCAGCAGCAGGACGCCAUGUCUCACACCCAGUCUGACGGCUGUGCGGGUGAUCAGGCCCAUCUAAUUCUUGAGAGCCAGUUUUCCACGGAACUUCACAUAUCCGAGCCCGGCGAUGAAUGCUGCCAGUCACAAAGCUUCCCCACCCUCCAGCCAGAAGCAUGCCCAACACAAGAGGAAGAUGACCGGUUGGUGGUACCGCAGCGCUUGAUUUUGAGUACUCAAAGUGCAGCAGCGCUGAAGCUUGGCACGGAGCAACUCAUCCCCAAGAACCUCGCCGUGGCCAGCCGGUCCAAGAAUCGCCACCACACCACUGUGGUGACCUUCCCUGUGGGACUGGAGAAGUCCAGCAAUGCAUCCCGCACACGUCACUCAACACAGGGUCCAGAUCUAACCUGGGAGGACUAUGACAGUGAUGGAGACGGCUUUUCUUUGAGGAGGAACCGCAGGAACAAGUCCUACAGAGCAGCUGUGACCAGCCUGGACAUUGAGGCCAUGGCAAGGGGAAAAGUGUCCGCAAACACACUAAAACCUCUUAAAGAGGGAAGGGCAUCCAGUCCGGGUCCAGCUCGCAGUCCUGGCAGGAAGCGAACCCUGGGGAGAAAAAGGAACCGUAACCAGCGUGGCUCAUUCAAAGACGCAACACCGCGCCUCUACCAGGAGAUCCGAGAGCGAGGUUUGCACUCCACCAACCAGGAUGAACUUCUGGAUGACUUUGUGGUGGUGGAACCUCCUGUGGAGGACCAGAGCAUCGUGGUGAAGAGCUACCGGCCGGCGCAGCUCACCUGGAGCCAGCUACCACAGGUGAAGGACACUGGUGUACUGAAUAUAAUCUCACCUCAAGAGAGAAAGCGGCAAGAGGCAAUCUUUGAAAUAAUUACAUCAGAGCAUUCAUACCUGCACAGUCUGGGCAUCCUGGUGCGACAUUUUAAGGAGAAUGACGCCCUUAGGAGAACCAUGACAACCACAGAGCACCAUCACCUCUUCUCCAACAUCUCUGUUAUCUACCAAGUCAGCAAACGCUUUUUUGAGGACCUGGAGCGACGUCACUAUGACAACCCGGUGAUCCGGGACAUUAGUGACAUUGUUCAGAACCACGCCGCCCACCACUUUGAGCCAUAUAUUGUCUACUGUUCCAAUGAGACUUUCCAGCAAAGGACGCUGCAGAAGCUCUUGACCAGCAAUGGUGCUUUUAAGGACACCCUGAAGCAAAUUGAAGGGAGUGGCGAAUGCGGAGGCCUGCCCAUGAUCUCUUUUCUCAUUCUACCGAUGCAACGGGUUACCAGACUGCCACUGCUUCUGGAUACUAUUUGCCAGAAAACUCCUGACAAGACAGCAGAGUACUUUUCUGCGGUCUGGGCGCUGCAUGCCAUUAGCAAGUUGGUCAGCAGCUGCAAUGAUGGUGCUCGUCGGAUGGAGAGGACAGAACAGAUGUACACCAUCCAGAAGCAAAUGGAGUUUGGUAAAAUCAAGCCGUUCCCGCUGGUGUCGUCGUCACGCUGGCUGAAAAAACGCGGUGAGCUGGCCGUCUGUUUUGAAGAGCUCAGCAUCUGGAGAGCGUUCAGCAACAGGAGCAACUACCUGUUUCUCUUCAAUGAUGUACUCAUUGUCACCAAGAAGAAAAGUGAGGAGAGCUUCGUGGUGAUGGACUACGCCACUCUGGAAAACGUGGAGGUGGAGGUGGGUGAGCAAACAGACGGUCAGACAUCACCCCCUUCCAAGAGCAGCUCCAGCCAGUAUCUGUCCUUCAAACUACUCAUGAGCAAGAACAGUGAGGGCAGACCGGAGUGCACCACCCUGGUGGCUGAGUCCAGGUUGGACCGGGCCCGCUGGAUAGUCGCUUUGACAGAACACAAGCAGACAGAAAUUUUCUCUUGUAAAGAUGGUCUUCCUCAGUACGAGGCCACCAAAGCCUACAUGCCCAAGGAGCCAGAUGAGGUGGGACUGCAGCAGGCUGAGCUUGUCAUUGUCCAGAGGGUCGAGGAAGGCUGGUGCUACGGGGAGAGGAUGAGAGACGGCGAGAGAGGCUGGUUUCCUGCUAGCUGUGCCACGGAGAUCACGAACCCCACCGCUAUAGAGGACAACAUGCAGCGGAUGAAGCGUCUCCGCAAAGAGACCAACGUUUGAGAGCAGAAGAUUGCCAUUGUGAUGACAUUUAGACAAUAUAGAUUAGAAUAUAAGAAAGGCCAUAUCAGUCUUCAUCCAGAAGAACAUAGGUUCUAAAGUGAACUUCUUCCACACCAAACUCGUUCAUUCAUGCCUUUAUGGACUUUGCUUUGUACACGAACAGAAACACUGUUCCCACCAAGUUGGACGCAUACAACGGACUAUAUUUUGUGAAGCUGAAGUUAAACACGGGGGAAUAACCCAAUAGAUGUCAUUAAAAUAGUGCAUUCAUGAACAUAUAUACUGUGCUACCUGGAGGCUUGGUCAGGCCCAUUGUUCAUGUUCCAUCCACUGCCAUUAGGGAUUGGACCCCCACUUUUCAUAAGAGUUGCAUUCCGGGAACACCAGUAAAUGGCGAAAAAGCACAAGUCAUUGAUAUGCCCAUAAAAAUGUACCAGUAUAUUUUAGACACACUUUUGUGUCUCACAGGGCACACAACUGGUGCAUUCAAUGACCAUGAAACUGUGAAAUGUCCCUUGACAAAAUUUUUUUUUUUUUUUUUUUUAAAUCAGUGAAGCAUAAAGACAAAUGUAAAAAAUGUGGGCGUUUUAACAGUGGUAGAGCUGUAUUAUCACAUUUAUAAAUUACCAACUCCUGGUGAAUGAGAUGUUUUCUGACAUAGAAAAAGCCUAUAUUUAGAGAAAUAAUUUUUUGACCAAUCAUAUGCAAAUUCACAGGGCCAUGAACGCUGAAUCACAAAUGUGCGGCGGCCCACUGUAAACAACUUGUAAUUUACCUUUAUUUACCUUCAACGACAAAGAUAAAGCCUACUUAAAAAUCAAGGAACUUGAAAAGUUGCAAAUACUUGUAUCUCCUACACUUGAACCUUAUAGCAUGAAGAUUUAAUGUACAUAUGAGCUCUGUUGGAUUAAGAUGCAUAAGUAAUGCAUGGACUGGGCUUCAAACACUGCUAUAUUGUCUUUGCUUCCUAAUAUAAGCAGCAUGAAUGGUAAAUGUCCCCUCUAGUGCCAAGUAUGUGUACUCUUGCAUUUUUGCAAAUGUGUCAACAAGAUGCCUAGUUCCCCAUGUAUUUGGAAAUAAAUAAUCAC